AUGUUUAGACAAAACAACGGACGUUAUUACCUUGAAGAUGUUGCCGUAAUAGAUUGGAAAUUAAUCAUGUGGUUUGCUUCAUUUAAGCAAUUUGAAAAUUAUGUGGAUCUUUUUAUCACAGUUUGGAAUUUCAUUAAACAGAAAAACGAUAAUAUUUUUGAAGAAUUAAAUGGAGAAGUGAAUCGAAUGAAAGAACAUAUUAAAAGUUUAUUAACAAAUCAGGCUAUCAAUGACGAAGAAUACAAGAAAUAUUCUUGUUUAUUAGAUAAUUAUAGAACUAGUCAUAUAAGUUCUAAUAAUUUUGAAGGAAGGAAUAGAAUUGCAUCUAAUUCUUAUCGUAAUUUGUUAAAUAAUGAUUUAGAGAAUCAAUUUCAUCAUCAUUUAACGACAACAUUAAGCAAUUUGAAAUUAUUUCAAUUAAAGCUUAUACGUCAAAUGAUUUUAGAUAGGAUGGAUUCAUUUGUUAACAUUUCAAUUAAAUCAACGAAAAGUUUACGCGAACAAAUUGCCACUUUGGAUAACGAAAAUUCACACCUUCAAGCAGCUUUAGGAAAUAUGACAAAUACUCGUCCGAAUGAUCAUGAUCCGAAUAACGCUGCCAAACUAAAUUCGGAUAUAGUGGACCUACAACAGCAACUUUCGGAUUUUACCACAGUUUUUGAUUAUGAGAUAAAUGAUGAGAAAGCAAAAGAAUUGUUUGCUAGUAACAAAGUUAAAUUAGAUUUUUCAAAUCCAAAGGCCAAGACGAUUUUAGAAGGCUGUCUUCAACGACUUAUCAUAGAACAAAUUUUAACUGAUGCUAACUCGUAUUUCCAGAAACACAUAUCAAAUUCGGACAACGAUGAAAAUUUAGAAAUCGAAAUUAUAAAUACCACAGAUAGAUUAAUAGAAUCUGUUAAUCGCCUUCAUGAAAAUCGUCCAGGAAAAGAUGAUAUCACACAAAUCACUCCCAUUAGAGUUCGUCAACAAAUUUACUCUGCUCUUGGAUGUCGUGGAUUUUCGAAUGAUGAUCAUCAAUUGAUCUUAGAUAUAUCGGAAAAGAUACGUCAAACAAUGGAUGAAUAUCGAAAAAUUGAUGAAGAAAAUAUUAAAGAUUGCAUUGAUCAAUCGAUUCAAAUUACUCGUAAAGUGAUUAGUAUAUUCUAUUUCCGUUUAAAAAUUCAACAAAUUCAUCAACAAUUUGAACCCAAGUAUCGUUUCUUUGAAAGUGGGGACGAAAUAGAUGUUCGUCUUAUGGAAGGUUCUUGGGGUCGCGGAGAUGUUAAGAAAUUCGAGGUUGAAAUUUGUUAUUUUCCUUGCAUAGAGUUCUGCGAUAAUGAUGAUUCAUCAAAUCAAAAAGUUUUAACAAAAGCUCAAGUAUUCGCGAGACUUAAGAAAUUAUGA